CGUUAGCGUCAGACCAAAGGUCGUUCUGUGUUUUUCUUCCCUCUCAUUCCUCUCACGAUGGCUCUUCGACACAGCGUCCUGCUUUUCCUUUGCAUUUUAAAUCCAUUUGCCAAUGCUCUCUACAAGCAAUGGAUCCCAGACACCAACUUUGAGAACGCAACCAACUGGGAUAAAGGCUCUGUUCCCUGCGGGAAUGACCAAGUGGUGUUUCUAGCUCAGAGGAAAGUAUCAGUGUACGUGGAAACGUCUCACACUCUCACUGGGAUGAGUUUGCCGGUGGAUGGACAGCUGAUCCUGGCGUCUGGUUCUGGGUUUUCCGUGAGAGAAGGAGGAGAUCCCGGAUGUGGAUCUGGAGUCACGGCACAGUUUAAAGACCCUGAGUCUCUGAAGUGGUUCGACCCGUCACUAUGGUUAGCCGCGACUUCUAUCGACGACCUUCACGGAGGAAGAUAUCAGUUUUCCGUCCACGAGGAGAGUGUCCCGUGCCAGUUUGACGACGUCGUGUUUCGAGAAGCAACCUCUUUCCGUGUGGACGUUUCAUGUGAUCAUGAUGUGCCGGUGAAAAGCGUGUCUGUUCUUGGGAAGAAGUUCACCAGCAGCUCUGAGUUUUCCCAGUACUUAUCAUCAGAUUUCGGCCGGCUCCAGUUCCACGGAUCCUCACCCGUUCGCGUUGGCGGAUCAAGUUGCGCCGAUAUAACGGGAUGCAUCUGCGAUAACUCUAAGAAUCGAGAAGAGAUCUGCGCGAACGUGAAAUGCGAUCCGUUGGAGUGCAAGAAACCCCUGCAUCCAGUCGGACAUUGUUGCGAUGUUUGCGGCGCCGUCGUGGACGUUCGCUUCUCUUCGAGCUUCAACUUUGAGUCGUAUCGUAAUCGACUCCUGCAUUACUUUCUCAGCCUGCCAAAAUACAAGACUAUAAAGAUGGCCGUGUCGAAAGUUUCAAAGGAGCAAAGCCUGCUAGCGUUGAUUCCUUUCGGAUCCACCCAGGAGAUACAGGUGCUGCUUCUGGAUCGGGAAACGGGUCAAGACGCCGGGAAUCUCGCGGAAAGUCUCGCUCGUGAGAUAGUGAAGGAUGUGCACGACCACGGAUCGAACAUCGGCAUCACCAGUGCAGAUUUCCAGGCGUCAUCGGGAGCGAGUAGCGGUGAAAUUGCGGGAAACAGUGCGCCGGGAGUGGUGGUGGGAGCCGUUCUGGGAUCCCUGAUCGGACUGGGUUUACUCGCAGGCGUUGUUCUCCUCUAUCGGCGUGGCUUGGUUACGAUGCCCAGAAUGCCUAGCAUCCCCUCUUUCAGCAAAUGGAGGAACAACGGUGACGUUGGGGAGCUUGGUGGCGCAUUGGACCGGGGCUACGACAACCCAAUGUUCGACAAGCCGACGAUGAUGCCAGAAGUAUCGGAGCUGUACGGGACAGAGAUGAUGAACUCAGUGACCCUAACCCAGUCGGGAGUGCAUUUCGUAAAUCCUGUUUAUGAUGAAACUGAUUUCAAUGCAUGAAUGGUGUGGUUUCAGCAGAUCUGAUUGUGGAUGUGAUGACAAAAUAACCUGAAUGUGACUUUAACAGUCACUGAUGUUUAAAUCUGCAGAGUUGAAUCAGUAACCAAAUGAAAAUGUGCCCUAGUGAAAAAACAUAUACCAAAACGUAUUUAAAAUACAUUUUAUUUCAUACUAAGUACACUACAAAUCCAUUCACAUGUUUACUGAUAUAAACAUUAUAAUUAAACUUUAUUUCGAGCACUUCUUUAUUGAACAUUUCGUAAUAUCAAGCCUAAAAUGUGUUUAAUAUCACUAUUAGUAAGGAUAGUAUGAUCUCUGUAUAAUGUAAAUGCAAGAUAUGUGUACCUAAUGUAUACUUGCUAUAGUUCACAAUCAAAUAUACUUAAGUAUAUUUUUAGUUGGACUUCAGCACUAUUUCCGGAUAACUAAAGUGCAGGGUAUUUAUAUUAAGUACAAAAAUAUGUAAAUGUAUUUGUAGUAUACUUAGGAGAAAAUAAAUGUGUUUCAAAUAAAUACAUUUAAAUUCACACAU